AUGCGCACGACAUCCCUCCUUGCAUUCGUAUUCCUUUCCACGUCUUUCGUCUCUCAUCAAUCUAUCGCUGCUCCAGCAAGUUUAUCAGAUUCUCUCGGCCGAGAGCUCUUCCGCCCAAGAGAUUUUGCCCAAUAUGGCAUACAAAUCGAUGGUUAUCAUACAGCCAAGACUAUCCGGCGAAGAAGUUCCUUAUCCAAGCGUUUCCUUCAGGUAAGAGCGCCCCAAGGAGGCGGUAAUAAUCCAAAGAAGCCCAACGAUAAUCCAAAGAAACCCAACGAUCCAAAGAAGCCCAACGAUAACAACGGGCCCCCCAACGAUAAACCUGCAGAUAACCCCACAACCACCACUAGUAAAGGCAACGCUACACCUACAAAAGCUCCAGCAACAUCCAGUGUAGCAGCCGGCAGCGGGGGCAAUCCUGCUGGCAUCUAUUCUGAUCAGCCUGUUCCAACUGGCUCUCUGUCUACCGGUGCCAUUGUUGGCCUCUGCGUUGUGGCAGGUGUCUUUGCGGUAAGCGUUUGUCUUUUUGCGUUUGUUCGCAAGAAGAAGCGUGACGAGAGAACUUCAGCUAUUGUUGCCAAAUCGGCAAUGGCGUUUGAGGAACAGACCCAUGACUACGAGAAGCUAGAAGAACCGUCGCUUGGUACAUAUACUGUCGUUAGCACGUAUACACCGAACAUGGAUGAUGAGCUAGAAAUCCAGCCCGGCGAUAAAGUUACAGUUCUAGUGACAUAUGAUGAUGGUUGGGUGCAGGGUGUUAAUGAGACACGUGAUGGGGCAAAAGGCGUCUUCCCGCGUCAUUGUAUAGAUAUUGAUGGUAAAAGGACUAUGGCCUACGAAAAGAGAAGUAGUUCGAUAGGCGGAUUUACGUCUGUAAAUCUCAGUUAG